AUGAUGAUGAAGGAGGUAGCCGGCGUUCAGCUGCCAAAGGCGGCUCGCCGGCUUGGUUUGGAAGAAGGCCCGAGUUCUAGAUUCUCUAGAAUGGUGCUCCAUCCAAGACAACUGAGACCUGCAACUGAACUCUUGGAGCCAGUAUUGUAG